CCCGGAAGCAGCUGUUCCGUCGCGCUCUGUGCAGGGAGGCGUGGGAUCAUGGCGGCUGGCGCGCAGGGUGGCGGGCGGGCGGACUGCGGCCUCUGAGGCGCCGCCAUGUACUCGGCUGCUGCUGCCACCACCGCCUCCUCCUCCUCCUCCUCCUCCUCACCGCCGCGACGGGACUUCAUCUCCGUCACCCUCAGCCCGGAGGAGGCGGUGGGGGCCGGUGGCUACAAUAACAGCAAGGCCUGGAGGCGGCGCUCCUGCUGGCGGAAAUGGAAGCAGCUGUCUCGACUACAGCGGAGCGUAAUUCUCUUCCUGUUUGCCUUCUUGGCGGUCUGUGGAGUCAUUUCAUAUGCAAGCAUGGGGGAACCAUGGAAAAGUCUAACAAACAAAUCCUUGGAUGAUCAGAGAACAGAACCAGAAAGUCCUGGAUUAAAGCUGGCAAAUCCAGUCGUUCUACCAGCACCCCAGAAAGCAGACGCCAAUCUCGGAGACUACCCAGAGCUUUCACCGCAGAAGCCGCCAAAACUGCCUCACGCUCGGCGUGGUCCUUCCAAUCUUCAGAUCAAGCCACCAUGGAGGGAUGUGAGGCUGAAGACCCAACAUGAUACCAGCAGGGUUGUAGAAGAGCCAGUCCAGUCUGAUAAAGAAGAGAAAACAGAGAAAUCUGUAAUCAGCUGGAGAGGAGCAGUGAUAGAACCUGACCAAAGCACUGAACCUCCGUCUAGUAAAAUAAAGGAACCAGAAAAACCUUCAUCUGUGGAAGCUGAAGACCAGAAGGAGCCAGUGCCCGUAAACGAACGUCAGAUGGCUGUGAUAGAAGCAUUCCGCCACGCAUGGAAAGGAUACAAGGAUUUUGCCUGGGGCCAUGAUGAGCUGAAGCCUUUGUCCAAGUCCUACAGUGAGUGGUUUGGACUUGGGCUUACCUUAAUUGACGCCUUGGAUACCAUGUGGAUUUUAGGCUUAAAAGAAGAGUUUGAAGAAGCAAGAAAAUGGGUAGCAAUUGAUUUAGUAUUUGAUAAAAAUGUGGAUGUGAACCUCUUUGAGAGCACUAUCCGUAUCCUGGGGGGCUUGCUGAGCACCUACCAUCUCUCGGGAGAUAGCCUCUUCCUGGAAAAAGCUAAAGACAUUGGGAACAGGCUUAUGCCAGCAUUCAAGACCCCCUCCAAGAUACCAUAUUCUGAUGUCAACAUUGGCCGGGGCACCGCACAUCCACCUCGCUGGACAUCUGACAGCACUGUGGCAGAGGUGACCAGUAUUCAACUGGAGUUUAGGGAGCUCUCUCGUCUCACUGGAGAUGAGAAAUUCCAGAAAGCAGUAGAUGAAGUGAUGAAGCAUGUUCACACUCUCUCAGGGAAAAAUGAUGGAUUAGUGCCUAUGUUCAUAAACACGAACAGCGGGCAGUUCACUCACCUGGGUGUCUAUACUCUGGGAGCCAGAGCUGACAGCUACUACGAGUAUUUGCUCAAGCAAUGGAUUCAGGGCGGGAAAAAAGAAAACGAACUGUUGGAAGACUAUAUGAGAGCCAUAGAAGGAGUGAAAAAGCAUCUUCUUCAGAGAUCGCAACCCAAGAAGCUUACUUUUGUAGGAGAGCUUGCUCAUGGCCAUUUCAGUGCCAAGAUGGAUCACUUGGUUUGCUUUUUGCCUGGUACUUUGGCACUGGGAGCUCACAAUGGAUUGACUGCUGAUCAUAUGAAAUUGGCCGAAGCCCUUAUAGAAACCUGUUACCAGAUGUAUGCUCAAGUAGAGACAGGCCUGAGUCCAGAGAUCGUGCACUUCAAUCUUCAUGCACAAAAGGGCCAGAAAGAUGUGGAAAUCAAGCCUGCAGACAGGCACAACUUACUGCGACCAGAAACUGUGGAAAGCCUUUUUUAUAUGUACAGAUUCACCGGUGAUAAGAAAUACCAAGACUGGGGCUGGGAAAUCUUGCAGAACUUCAAUAAAUACACACGGGUUCCUACAGGUGGUUAUACUUCCAUUAACAACGUCCAGAAUCCCAGUAAUCCAGAGCCACGAGAUAAGAUGGAGAGCUUCUUCCUUGGGGAAACACUUAAAUACAUGUUUCUGCUGUUUUCAGAUGACAUUGACUUAAUCAACCUUGACAAAUACGUAUUUAACACAGAAGCUCAUCCACUCCCUAUCUGGGUGCCAGCAUAGACUGGGUGCCAGCAGACAUUCCAACGGUGGCAUUUUUAUCUUCAAGUCACUUUACUUUUCAGGGUUUGAGGAGAGAUGCUAUAUUGCACCUUUUUUGUCUUAAAACAAACAAACAAAACCUUUGGGAAAGCAUCUCUGGUUUGGAGAAGUCAUGUCAGUCUUAAAUCUAAUCCCUGGUUCUGGGAUGGACAAACUGUGCCAUACUAAGCUGGUUUUCUUGGUAUUGAUGAUGAGGUUCAGAGAAUAGUUGUAGUGUGGACCAUGACAUUCACGAGGCUCUGGUGAACCAGAACUCACUUAUGUCAGUCUUACUAAAGGCUCAUUAAAUAUCAGGAAUGCAGCAAGUUGUCUUACAGCACAGGAUUGUCCCUGGAGAGAAGGAAUAAGCCUACAGGUUUCUGGUUUAUUCUGGAUUCACCGAAACACUCUGUUACAGCAUCAUUCCUUCACAUGAACAUACAGUGUUUCAGGUGGUACGUGGAAUAAACAAAGAACGGUAAUGUUGUCCCAGGUUGAAGCAAAGCUGUCAGUAUUGCUACUGAUACUCUGAUCUCAUUCCAAACUACCGAGCUAUGCUGCAUCAUGUUAGAAGGAGAAAGUGGCAGCAAAGCAUGUGUUGUGCGGUGUCUUAGUUUUAUAGAGCACUUUGAACAACCUGUUCAAGCUGUGGUUGAAAUGAAUGAUGGAAGAGAAUUUGCUGCUGGUUUGGCUCAAAGCGGUAUAUAAUUUUGUAGAGGUAUUGCAGUUUUUUAACUUAUCUGCAGGAAUGCAGGAGAUAAUGUGAAACGCAAGUGAAACUACACAUGCAUUUUAUAUAUUAUUUACAUCAGUUAGACUCAGGUAUUCUGACUGAAAGCUGCUUUCUGAGGGUGGGCACUGGGAAAGCUUGUGAGCACAUUAGUAUAAUUCUAAGUCAGCCUCCUGCCAUCCCUUCCUGUCCAGAUAUUGCAUUUUAAGGUGUUUGUUGAUUCAAAACAAGCUUACACUGUACAGCAAAGUUCAUGUUAUUUGUCAUUUUUUGGACUGUGGAGAGAUUGUCACUUUUUUGUUCCUUAGGAGUACUUUGGGUAGAAGUAUUGUCAUUAGUAGUAUUGAAAGCAGACAGUCUAAAUGUAUUACAACAAUUCUUGGUCCCAGUAGAAUUAAUGAAAUCUGCUCAGCUGCUUGAAGACAAAGCAGACCCAGGUUUUUUUAAGAAUCUUAUGGGAACCCUGGGAUUUUUGUAUGUGCAAAUAGAUUUUAAACUAUGCAUUUGGAAAUCAGCUUUCUGUAGUGCUUUUCCUUUUGGUUUUGUAGCUACUUGGACAGUCCUGUAUUCACAUAUAAGUUCUCAGAAAUGUGCUUGUUCAUAUUUCUUAAAGAGGUUGUUCUCACCAAAACGUCCUUUCCCCUCACAUUAACAGUGAGGUACAGUCCCCUCUGAAUCUGGGGCUGCUAAAUGGAACUAAUUAAAUCUGACUGUAACGGUUAAUGUCCCAUUCACUAUGGGGGGUAUGUGCAUUUUAUAGUAUUUGUAACCUUUGAUUUGUAAAGUAAGAUGCAUCUUUAUUUGUCUUAUGCUGAUCAGUUCUGUGUGCUAGAGUCAGAAGUUAUCCUUGGGACCACUAUUUAAGUCUUUUAAAGGAUAUUUAUCAUUCCAUGUACUAAUGAUGGUGUAUGGAAAUGGAGAAAUUUUACAAAUUAUUUAAAUGCACCUUUUCCUGUUAUCAAAGGGACCCUGGGAUUUGCAAGACAUGACAAGUUAGUGCAGAAUGUUAAUGUUCCUCCUGUUCACAUGCCACCAGGAAUGCUGGAAAUUAGUUGUUCACAUGUGCAGUGGAAUCCAGUACCUGUAGCCUUUGUCUGCACAACUGAUUUGCUCCUAAGACUUUUGUUUUCUUUGACAUAACAGCAAAGAAGGAAAAUGCUGUUGAAAUGUGGGAGGAAACACCUUCCAUGUUUUUGUUUGUGGAGCAGGUUCAUGUUACUGAGGAGCUGAGCUCUGGCUAAAAGCUGAAGAUAAAAAAAAAAUAAAAUUUCAGUGAGACUACCCAGGCCCUGACUUGUGUUGCUUGGGCCUUGUGCCUUUGAUUGUAGCUUUGAUUGAACCCGUGAGUAAUGACUGUGCUAUGGACUGUAAAACUUUCAGAGUUUGGCAUUUCACCUAUACAGCAGUCCUAGUGAGGAAACAAAGAUUUCUUAGAAAGUGGAAUACAUAUAAAUGCUCACCAAAAAUCUUCUGUUGUUGAAGUCUUAUACCAGUCUUAAUAUACUCACCUCUACAAAUGGGACUGUGGGAGUCUGUUGUAAUUUUUUUGUUUUAUGAUUGGCUUGAGAGUAAUAAUCUGUUUCAUAAUGAGUUAAAGGAAGGAGAGAAGAAUAAAUUGUCACUUUCCCAAACACA